UGUAGUGAGCCCAAUAUCAGCGACAUCAAGUCUCGCAUAUUUGCCCAUACGAGCAGCUAUCAGGUACCACUCAGUUUACAUAUAAUCCAUAUAAAUUCUUUUCAUCCAUGUCAGACACUUUCUUCGGGUCAAUCGGGAAGGAGGGCACCAUAUACCGUGACGAGGCAGGAUUCGAUGACAACUUCAAGCUCGACAUCGAUUUUGCGAAGAUGGAGUUUGAGGAAACCCUAAAUGUCUCAGAAGCGUCCUCCAUAUUUCAUGUCAACUACUGUGGCAAGCCACGGGUCUUGAAAGUGUUCCACAAUAAUGGGGAUCCCGGGUACGCCCGCGAUCGUAUUCGAGAUUUGGACCGCUCUCGCUGCGAGAUCAGAGCCUAUUGUAGGCUUAAACGGUCCAAAAUAUGUGAUUCUGGCGCUGUGCCCAAUUUCUAUGGUUUUAUGCUAGCCAUCGACCCAGCCAACUGUGCUCCUUAUCUAGACGCCUUUCGACAUGACACAGAUUUUCCAAGUGCCAUUCUGAUCGAGUACCUGCCAAAGCCUUUGGUGAUGAACUGCGUUACUUAUACAACAGAACGUAUGCAGAAAGCUGUCAUUGGCAUUCAGCAAAUUCAUUUGGCUUUAGUCGAGCAUAAUGAUCCUUACCCAAAGAAUAUUCUCAUCGUUCCUAGUGAUCAAGAGAGGGUUAUAUGGGUUGAUUUUGAUGUUGCGAUUGUUUAUCCCAACGACACAUACAUUGAAAAGAAGGGACGUGGCCGGAUUGAGUUUGAAACUGAAGUUGUUGAAGGCUUCGGACGGCUACUUGUUCGUCGCCGCAGACAACACAUUUCUCCAUUUUUCUGAUUCGAUAGGGACUGACAAGUUUUAUAGGAAGAAGAUCAAAAUAAGUGUCUG